AAAAAGCUUAAUCUGUUCCAUAGCCAGUCAAAGAAAUGGCGAGUCCAACGCUUGUUGCUCUCUUCCUUCUUUCUGCGCUAACCUUCUACCCUCCUUCAACCACCGCUCAACCUGUCAAGGACGCAAAUGGUACCAUCGUUAAAAAUGGUGGCGUAUACUAUAUAUUGCCACGCUUUUGGGGAGGCGGCGGCGGUGGAAUUAAACGAGCCAUAACUGGAGACGAAACUUCCCCUCUCUCUGUUGUUCAAUCUCCCUUCGAGACCGAUCCAGGGCAAGGAUUAUUAAACACAGAGCUGGCAACGUAUUCUCUUAACAGAGAACCCAGCCAGAUUGCUUGGCAUGCAGCUUCAGAGGCUGCUAUAUAUUCAGCUUCACAUGAUGAGAGUGCCACUACUGGUUCCUUGGUGGAACUCCAAGAGAUUGGGGUCCUUCCCAAGAAAAAUACGUAUCCAGCUGUGCUUCUCCGAUCAGUUUUAUCCCCGCACCAAUCUGCAUCUGAGUAUCCUACCAGCUCUUCAGUUCCUCUGCACAGAAAAACAAUAGAAUAUAGUUUGGCUUUUGACAUCUACCAACAAGGAUGGCGUCUUCAAUCCUUAUUCGCUUCCGCUUUUAUUCCUGAAGGCAGAAUCUACAUUAGCUACGACUAUGUUCCACAACCCGGUGUUCCCUCUAACUACUGGACCGCCGUUGAGGGUGAGGCUGAAAGAACCGUCGUUAAAGUGGGGUACCCAAAUUCCCUCCAAGGCUUCUUCACUAUUUACAGAACUUCCUCAGUCAAUAGCUAUAAAUUUCAGUUCUGUUCAAAUGACGACGCCACCUCCUGCAGUAAUGUUGGGAUCAUUAGGGAUGAUGCAGGGAACAGGCUUUUGGCCAUCAAUCCGGAAAACACAUUCAAGUUUAUUCUUGUGCCACUUUCGUCUGAUGCAUCUAAAUGA